UAAAAAAAUGUCUUACCGCCCACUCUACAACAAAUUGAUGUCCAACACCAUGUUCCGCCAAUUGGUAGUGCGACAGAAUCCGUUGGUAAUGCGCACGCAGCUGGCACACAGCAUCAAACCCAGAACCCCCCUGAACAAACCAUCCAUGUUCAGUCCGGCGAUCAUUAAGCGCUACUGGGAGUUAUCACCACUUUUCAUCAUUGUUGGUGGCGCAGUUUUGGGUCUAUUUUAUGCAAUCGUGCGAAAUGGUCUAUCCCGUGACGAUGUGCGUUUCUAUUCAAGUGGCAAAAUGAACUGCGAAGAUGUUGAAAAGUCUGGACCAAGAAAGUUUCUGGUCUACAAUCAAAAAUACAAAGUACCCGAAGGUUUGAAGGAGGCGCUAGCCGCCAUUGAAGAGCCAGCAGAAGAGCAAGCAAAGAAGUCAAAGUAAAGCAGUUGACGACUAUUUUAUAAGAAAAGAGUACUGGCAUACUGUACAAUAUUUAAAUAAUGAUAGUAAUUUAAUGUUAAGUGUUAGAAAGCGCUAGUGAACUGUUAGCGUAACUGUAUAAGUGAACAGUGAAAAUUUUAACUAUUUAUUUUUAUGUAAAAACUUAACUUUUAGUUGAGUAUGAAUACAAAGGAGAAGUGGUUAGAUUAAUAUGCAUUUAUUUAAAGCAUAAUGUAUAACACACGUUACAAGAAAAAGCUAACGAAGGAUUUUUCCCAAUUUUGUAUUUUGUUUCGUUUUAGCGAAAUUUUAUGCAGAAUACAAUAGUAUUUAGUAUUUAUGGAAAUUUUAAAUAUAAGUUUAUAUGCUAUUUAUUAAGUAAAUAAUUAACUUUGUUGUACACGUUCUAAUACAUGUAUGUAAUACAUUCACCUAUAUAUGCAGAUAUGUGUUGAAUAAAGCAAAUAAUUGCA